AUGCUCAAGCGGCUGUGGCGCAGCGCCGCGCCGGCGGAGGCGGCGGCGGGCCGCGGCGCCCGGAGCGGCCGCAAAGAGUACUGGUUCCACGCGGUGGUGACGACGUACGAGACGCUGCUGCUCGAGGAGCGUGCGAUCGGCGCGGUACCGUGGCAGUACCUCGUCGUCGACGAGGCGCACCGGCUCAAGAACCCAAAGAGCCGGAUGCGCGCGUCGAUCGAGCGGUUGGCGUAUGAGCAGCUGACGCUGCUCACCGGCACGCCCGUGCAGAACUCCGCGGCGGAGCUCUUCUCGCUCCUCCAGCUGCUCGAGCCGGAGCGGCUGGCCGGCGCCUCCGAGGCGGAGGGCGGGUUUGGCGAGAUGCGCGAGGCUGAGGAGGUGCGGCGCAUGCAGGCGCUCCUGCAGCCGCUGAUGCUGCGCCGCGUCAAGGAGGACGUGGUCGGCGACGAGAUCCCGUGCAAGGAGGAGACGAUCAUCUGGGUCGAGCUCACCGGCGAGCAGAAGGUGCUCUACCGCGCGAUCCUCGACAAGAACGUGUCGCUCCUCGCGCAGGCCGACGGCGCCGGCAAGGGCCCUUCGAUGAACAACAUCCACAUGAACUUGCGCAAGUUGUGCAACCACCCGCGGCUGCUCCAGCGGGAGGACGCGCCGCUGCCGAGCGACCCGGCCGCCGCCGUCGCCGCGCUGACCGACGCCUCCGGCAAGAUGGUGCUGCUGCACAAGCUGCUCCCGAAGCUGCGCGCCGAGGGGCGCAAGGUGCUCAUCUUCUCGCAGAUGACGCGCAUGCUCGACCUCAUCGAGGACUACUGCCACGUCAGCCGCUUCCCCUUUGAGCGGCUCGACGGCUCCGUCGCGGGCGGCAAGCGGCAGGCCUGCAUCGACCGCUUCCAGAACGGCGGCAGCGCCGACGCGUUCCUCUUCCUCCUCUCGACCCGCGCCGGCGGCGUGGGCAUCAACCUGACCGCCGCCGACACGGUGGUCCUCUUCGACAGCGACUGGAACCCGCAGAACGACGCCCAAGGGAUGGCUCGUUGCCACCGGAUCGGCCAGACGCAGCAGGUCAAGGUGCUGCGCCUCAUCACCGACAAGACGUACGAGCGCGCGAUGUUCGAGCGCGCGUGCCUCAAGCUCUCCCUCGACCACGCGCUUCUCGGCGGCGGC